AUGUCAAACAAAGUUCACCCCGCUACUGAAGCGGCGCGUAAAAGCUCUAAUAUGAGCGAGGAACGCGAAAAGUGGACUGCAAAAGCCGACUUCAUCAUGUCGUGCAUUGGUUAUGCCGUUGGGCUUGGAAAUAUCUGGAGAUUUCCUUAUCUUUGUUACAAGAACGGAGGAGGUAAUUCUGUUAUCUCUCAAAUAUACUCGUUUACGGAUAGUUUUAAAAAUUACCCCCUGAUUGAAACACGAGGUGUCAUAAAAGAACUUGUUGGAGUUUUGUGGUCUUCGGAUGAAAAACCUACCUAAAUGUGACCUUUCAAAUGAAAGCUAUUGAGCAGUUAGGGGCACCCAGCGAGAAUAUAGUUCAAAACCACUUAAACAUAGCAUUGUUCAACGUAGUUUAGUAUUUAAACGGUAGAUGUAGGCAUAUUUUUAUCCCCUAAAAAUUUUUCAUCUGUUCCGAUUUCCUAGUAGAUGAAAGUCUAGUGAUCCGAAAAUUAUAGGGAUCAAAACUUGUCGAAAAUUUCAGCCAGAAAAAAGGCUCCCAAAAAUCCUCGGUGACCUUUUUAGGGUAAAAAUCCGUUAAAAAUGGGCAAUUAUACCAUUUUUUAGAUGUUCGAAAAUCCUAGGAGAGGUACGCAAGCAAGAAAUUUUAGAAAAAAUGUUCCGAAAAUUCUAGAUCUCAAAUCGUCUUCCGAACAGAUAUUUUCCGAAAAUUGACGUUGGGUGCCCCUAAGCAGUACUUUCCUGUGGUACUGUUUAUUAUGCUGUACAAGGUGGUUCUAACUUUUGAGUCUGUGGAUGAAAUCCUAAAGUGUGACCAUUCAAAUGAAAACUACUGAGCAGUACUUUCCUGUGGUACUGUUUAUUAUGCUGUACAAGGUGGUUCUAACUUAACUUUUUUAGACCGUGACUGGAAUCUGAAAGUGUGAUCAUUCAGAUAAAAGCUACUGAGCAGUACGUUUCCUGUGCUGCUGUUUAUUAUGCUUUAGAUGUGCUUCCACUUGGUACUCUUUGUUUUUGAGUAUAUUACAACACUGAAUUUGAGAUUUUUUCUGACGUUUCCAGUUAGGGUAAAUUAAAACAGGUUCGCUUAAUACAUAUUUGCCAUUAGCUUAUAUGUGUUAAUUUUCUUAUAUUAACAGCUUCUUUCCUCAUCCCGUAUUUCCUAACGUUAAUAACCUGUGGUAUUCCACUCUUCUACCUUGAACUGGCCCUCGGACAGUAUCUGAGCCUCGGCGCCAUCAAAGCUUGGGCGGUAAUUUGUCCUGUAUUAAAGGGUACGUCAUAACUUAAGUUAACUGCGUCAUGUGUUGUUAAUCAGCCAGGUGUGAUAUGUUCUUAGCUGCCUCUGUUAAAAUUAUGCAAAAUAGAAGAAUAAAAUCAUCUUAAAACAGCUUUUGACGCUGGUGCUGCAACACGCUGACGCUGGAAUACGAUAACAAACUGUACUUUUCUAUAGUUUGCUUUCUUCAUGUUAUUUUCGAUCUUUUUUGAGUUCUUACGUUCCAGGGCACAAUUUAGUAAAUAAAUCAUUUUUUUAAAACUCUUCCGUUUGACAGGUCUUGGGGUGGCUAUGGUUAUAACUUCAUUCUUGAUAUCAGUAUAUUACAAUGUGGUGAUUGCAUGGAGCCUUUUGUAUCUUUACCACUCGUUUUCACCGGAAGUUGCUUGGAAAUCGUGCGGCAACAAAUGGAACACUGCAUUUUGCAGGUAAAAUAACUAGCCUAGACACAAAACAAGAGAGCACUCGCCUUACACCAAUAUGGCCUGGGUUCGUGUACGACGCAACAUAUGAGUUAGUCUUAUCUCAAUUUGUUGUUCGUUCUCCUCUCUGAUUCAAACUGUUUUCCUUCGGGUACUAUGGUCUCCUCCUCUCCUUAAAAACCAACUUGACCAAAUUCCAAUUCGCUGGAGAAUUUUUUCGGUUAGUUCGGAACACAGGUUCAUCAGUCAGUCUUGCAGCUGUUUAAAAGUGUCACAAUCUCAAAACAGUUAGACAAGUUUAAUGCUAAUAAUAUAAUUUCUUAACAACGCCGUCGCUACGAUGCAAGACGAGGUACUCGCUAAUUACAAAUCCACCCUGCUUCAACAUACAUUUUUACUAUAAUUAAAUGAUAUGGUAAUCAACAGAAACACUAGCUGUGGCGAUUCUAUCGUUUUUCAUUUUUUUCUUUUCUUUGUAGUGAAGAAGGUUGGGGCAAUUUCACCUACAAUUGCACGGCUAUGGGAAGACCGCUGAACUGUACCAUGCAACUCACCUCUCCUAGUGAGGAAUUCUGGGAGUAAGUGAAACGUUUUUCUAUAUGUUCAACCGUGUUAAAUCAUAGCCUUGGGAGGGGGAGCCGAGAGAGAACUUUGCCGUAGGCGUCAACUUAGAGCUAUUAGAGCGGUUUUCCAUGAAAAACCUGAUGCUAAAGGCCUCUAAAAACAUUCAUUUAUUCAUUCAUUUUCAUUCCAAAACAGCAUAUCAAAAACGUUUACCACAAAUGAGGGAUCAAUUGACGUUGGGUAAAUUGAUGAAGGGUGGAUUUUAAGUAUGUUGUCUGUACUAUAAUUCUUCAAAUUGUGCAACGGAAGUAAUCGAGUGAAUAGUGAAGUUAAUUUUAUUUGAACCUCUCAAAGUCAGCUCACGCAUGUAACGUCAUGCCUUUGUUUUUGAAUUAUAUUUGAACAUUACUUUGUGCAUGCAAUUUUCAGUUGCCUUUGAACCACUGAAUAAGAAGGAGCACCCUCGAAGCGUCUGGUUUUCCUUCUUUUUACACGCAUAUUUUGAAAAACUUUGCCAUUCGCUUAAUAGUAAUGUAGAUGACUGUCAUAGCAGAUACGAAUCUUUUCGCGCAUGGCUGGAACAAGCCGUCCUCUGGAUCCCGCCUCUCGCGACGCCGGGACGGCGCGUUCGCUGCGAGUCAUUUGCAUAUUUACGUUUCGGUUUUUUUCUUUUUCAGACGAUAUAUUCUUGCAAUUUCAAAUGGAAUUGAUGAACCGGGUGAAAUCCGUUUGCCACUGGCCACGACUUUGCUGAUCGCCUGGGCUGUUGUGUAUUUUUGCUUGUACAAAGGAAUUAAGUCAUCUGGCAAAGUAAGUAGAAACCAGGCCCACCUUGCACAUAUACUAAUGCAGUGUAAACUGUAGUACUUCAAGCGUAACGGUUUCUUCUGGAAUCGUAUAAGCUGUAACUUAAAAGGGAUGGCAAUUUCAUCUUAAAGAAAUUUCAAUUCCAGCUGAUUAAAAAGUUGCGUGCAUAUUAUUAAAAAAGCUUCAAAACAAGUUACACCUACCAGGGAGAGUAUGUGUCGUUUGACUUGAAUUUGGUUGUUUUCCUUUUAUAAGGAAGGACAAUCAGAUUCAAAUCAAACGACACAUAAAUGUAUUUCCGCUAUUAAGCGCCCACCCUCUAAUACGCGCGCCCUCCCCCUAAUAAGCGCCUACUCCCCAGGUCAAAUAUUAAACAAGUGCCCCUCUUAAGUAAGCGCUCCCUCCCCAUAACACCCCUUUUUAAUGGUAGGAAAACAAGCAAAACCUUUUUAUAUUGCAACUUUAUCAGUAACUUUUUAAGCUUUAAUUUAAAUAUUUAUACAAAUACACUGCUGUGGUAGAAAGUGUAGAAUGGGAAUACGGUACGCUGGAUUAACAACAGGAGGAAAAUUACUCAAUAAGUGCCCCCUUGAUUAAGCGCCCUCCUUUCUCCUUUUAGCCAAAAAUUGCCCUUGCAAAGUAAAUUAGAAAUAAAUCCUGUUAAUUCCAUUUUUAAGCUUAUCAGCUCUUAUCUAUUCGUGCGCAUUCAUAGCCAUUUCAGUAAUCUUGGUUCUUUUAUAAUCACAUUUGCAGUUGUACAGUGUAGUUGUUAGAGUGAUUUUACUUUCCCCAUGAAAUAGGUAGUAGAACAGUACGCACUAUUAAGCACUAAUUCUAUUGUCUUCUUUUGUUUAUUUAUAGCUAUUUUGCACUAGUUAUUACUAACUGUUUCACGGGUCAAGUAAAAUCGCUCUAUGAUAAACUGAAUCUAGUCUUGUUUGUUUUAAAAGAAAUAAAGGUCGUAACAGCACUCAAGUUAGCCGCCGGUAGGGUUAUAACUGACAAGGCUGUUUCCGAGUUAGAAAGCUUACACAAACGGCAAAGUUUCGUGUUAUUUUCUUUUAUUAUCAGGUUGCGUAUUUCACCGCUAUCUUCCCGUACGUUAUACUUCUGUCCCUGCUGAUCAGAGGAGUCACCCUCCCUGGCGCAGUCGACGGAAUCAUGUUUUAUCUUAAACCUGANAAAUAAAGGUCGUAACAGCACUCAAGUUAGCCGCCGGUAGGGUUAUAACUGACAAGGCUGUUUCCGAGUUAGAAAGCUUACACAAACGGCAAAGUUUCGUGUUAUUUUCUUUUAUUAUCAGGUUGCGUAUUUCACCGCUAUCUUCCCGUACGUUAUACUUCUGUCCCUGCUGAUCAGAGGAGUCACCCUCCCUGGCGCAGUCGACGGAAUCAUGUUUUAUCUUAAACCUGACUUCAACAAGCUCUUGGAACCACAGGUAUAAAGCGUUUGUCUGCUUACUUAACUGCGGCAGGAUUAGCUCAGUUGGUAGCGCGCUUGAAUGCAGAGGGGGAAGUCGCGGGUUCGAUCGCCGGGACCGGGCCAACACUCAGGGUCUUAAAAUAACUGUGUAAUGAAGGUAUUCUCUUUGCACUACAAACGGCUAAGCUAACCCUUCGCGUGGCUCGGAUGAACUGGUAAAAUGCCGGUCCCGUCUCCAGUUGGAGAGGCAAAAAUAGUGUCUCCAAUGAGUACUUUCGUGCUAAAUACAUUCACUCUCAAAUAAAUUGCAUUUUUUUUACUGACGUAAUUGCUGGUUUGCACGUGACAUCAUGGCGGCCAUUUUAAUUGUAAAGAACAAAAGCAUUUCUCUCCUUCUGAACUCCUUUUUUUCAUGUAAUUUUUUCGAGAAAAAAGACAUUUAGGUCCCGUCAACACCUAUCCGGUAUUUUUUAAAAUGGAGAUUUUUUUCUCCGUUUUCAACAAAGACGCAUCUACAUGUAGCGUGUUCUAAUCGCUCUCGUGAGUACCAACAUGGCCGCCUUGUCACGUGGUUGCAAACCAUGAGUCAGAUCACUUGCAAAGCAACACUGUCAUGUUGCCUUUUUUGACGUAAACAAAAUUCCUGUUGUAUUUUAGGUUUGGAUCGAUGCUGCAUCACAGAUUUUUUUCUCACUCAGCGUUGGUCUCGGAGGUCUGGUUACGUUUGCCAGCUACAACAAAUUUAACAACAAUUGUGAAAGGUAACAACACACCAUCAAACAAUCGAUCAACGGGUGUCCUACUACAUUCUUUACGGUAAAGCUGGGUUUUUCCACACAACAUUAUUAGGGGUAUAUCAAGGAUUAGGUAAGAAAAGGAGAGUGUAUCUAAGGUAAGAAGCGGGGUACACGGAUACCCAGCGACCCCCUUCCUCACCCCCACCGCCCCCCGGACAUCCGCCCCUAGUUCUCAGAUCUCUUUUAAGAGAUCUCUCAUCCAUAGCACCGUGCAAAAGUGACCCCGGCUCCUGCCCAUUACAAGAGCUAUUGGAGUAAUUUAGCAACAGAACGGGCAAGUUAGUUGAGGAAGUGCGCGGAAAGGACUGAACACGACUUCCGGUGCUCAAUUUGUCGCUCUGCCAAUCUGCCAUUAGUGAAGCCAAUUUUUUUAUUUGCGCGCGCCGUCGUCACUGUCGUCACGUCGUGUCUUUGCUAAAUCUGCCUAUUUCUAAGUUCUAAAGACGUCAACUAAGCUGUGGUAUGCGUAGACAUUUCAGUAAUCAUAUGAAAAUAAAACCUUUAAUUAGAGUCUUUGUCCAAGUGCGACACCCAUCUGCAAACUGUCGUGGAGUAGCAAUUAACCUUAACGAUGUUUUAUAGCUCACAUUCGGAACUCAGGGAGUUACGAUUGUUGUGAUUAUCAUCGUAAAUUUACCACUGUUUCGUUGCUUCAUUGUUCCCAGAGACGCUGUUGUUGUAUCCUCAAUCAACUGCAUGACAAGUCUGUUCGGCGGAUUUCCUAUUUUCAGCGUCAUCGGAUUUAUGGCCCACACACUGAAGAAAGACGUGUCAGAGGUUGUUUCCUCAGGUAAAAAAAACAGUCAAGAAGACAUGACUCUCUCGGAACUCCGGGAUUAUUACUCCAAAUUUGUACGUGAUCAAAUGUCUUUUUCGUUUGUUGUGCUCAUUUCCGUGUUCGCGAGUGUUUCGUUGUGUUCCUUGUUCCGUGUUUUAGUACAUAAGGACAAUCUCCAACAUCUGCGGCAAUAUGUGUAAACAAACCCCAAUACUCUUUAUUUCCAGAAUUACACAGUGCUAAACAUAGCGAAGCUUUGCCUUUGAUAAAAUCCCCACAUUUUUCAGCCUCCAAACGUACUUUCCCUAGCAAUUUGCUCGUGAUUUUGCCAAAACGGUUUUGUUAAAAUUACGAACUAUUCGAAUUACCUUUCUGAUUCUGUUUCUGUGAUUAUGCUGCUGUGAAGAUUAUAAUUAUUAUUGAGAGUAUGAGCGUAACUACGAUUUAGCGCCUUUGAUAUUUCUCAUUUGAACCAACAUUACGCAUUACCCGAUUCCGACUCUUGCAGGACCAGGAAUUGGCUUUGUGGCCUACCCAGAAGGCAUUGCCCAGAUGCCUGGUGCCUCAGUUUGGGCUGUACUGUUUUUCUUUAUGCUCUUUACUAUUGGACUCGGAAGUCAGGUGAGUCGACUCGUAAUUGUACCGCUUGGUGAUGGGAGAACUCACUGAGAACAAACUGUAUUGUACCUAAGGAAAAAAAGAUAGUGGCCCAAUUGCCUCUUCUCUAUUCAGCACUACCAGUCUGUCCUAGUCUAAAAUGUCAUACGUCUCCACCCCCUAACCCGUGGUGGGCGCGGAGGAACUAAGUCUGUCCCUCCCUCCAUAUUUUAUUUUUACCUGCUAGCAGCGAUCAUCUUUCGUCGUUUUCCUUCCCUCUCCCUCCUUUGCCAUCUAUUAACCUUUGUCUCUUCUUUUCUUUCCAACUUUCUCCUCUCCACUAUCCUCUCUAAUCUUGCUUCCCCCUUCCCUUUCCUCUCCCUCGGGUAAUCGGCUCCCCUCCCUCUAUUCUCUUCCCACCCCAUUUCCAUUCUCUUUUAUUCCCUCUCCUCUUGUCUCUGCACUAAUUCAUGUUCUUGCUCUUUUGACGACGUACAGUUUGUGUUCACGGCCACAAUUAUGGCAGCGUUAAUGGACAGUUUCAGCAAACUGCGGGCAUACAAGGGAUUGGUUCUCCUGGUUGUGUGCCUCGUAUCCUACCUUAUUGGACUUUCCUGUGUUACUCAGGUAACGUUACUUUGCAAGGAUAGCAACCCCACCCAUGCGAAUUUUACAUAGAGAUUCUGUGAUGUUGGGCGCUAUAAACGAGGGGUUCCUUUGUAGAGCCCGUUUUUAAGCCACGGGAGAGGAUCGUUGCCAGUUUUUGUUCUAUUGUUUCCCUGUGUUAUUGCUUCUGCAAUUGUGUUGUCCUACAAAGGGAUAAUUUGUCUUACCAAGUCUGGGUCACAAAGCAGUGAUACUAAAUACUUUCCUCGUAAUUACUAUGUUCAAUUUCAGCAAAUGUGUAGCGUAAACCAGUUGUUUCUAGUGUUCCGUCAUGUUAUCUCAUUUAGCCAUGGACCAGGCUCGCUGGUGAGUUUAAAAAGGCAAAAAACGGGAUGAAACAGCAAAAAAACACCGGCGAGCGAAGUGUGCCGUCGGGUGGACUGGAGAGGGAGGAAAGGCCCAGGCUUUCGCUCGGCCCGUUUCUCUCACCGAUUUUUUUUACGCCUUUUUCGCCACAGCGGAGCCUGGUCCUAGGCUAUAUCUGAUCCGAUCACAGUGUUUCUGCUAUUUUCUAUAUAGGGUGGAAUCUAUGUGUUGAAUAUCUUUGACAGCCAGAGCGCUGGUUUAUCGUUGAUUUUUGUGGUCAUUUUUGAGGCAUUAGCUGUCAGCUGGGGAUACGGUAGGUACCAUUUCACCGUCAAUUCGCCACUUUAGAGGCAAGAGCGAAACUGGGCCGAGUUAACUUUCGCAAAGACUUCUGGGACUGUUACUGGUGACAGGUAAAAACAUUGGCCAAUAGCAGCCAGUAAUGCGUCCCCAGUGAUGAUCCCAAAAACAACUGCCGGACACAUUUCGGCUCCAGUUCCUUUCUUGUUUCUUAAGUGGCCAAUCGUACAGCCUCAAAGAUAGUAUCACGUGAUCGUGAAGAAGGAGUCUUUAUUCUGCUAUUGUUUUACGACAGGGGCUGAUAAGUUCUGUGAUAACAUCUAUUCCAUGAUUGGGAAGAAGCCAAACUUGUAUUUUCGAUUUUGCUGGAAAUAUGUGACACCUGCUGUUGGAACGGUAAGGAAAAAAUAUCGGAUAAGGAAAGNUUACGACAGGGGCUGAUAAGUUCUGUGAUAACAUCUAUUCCAUGAUUGGGAAGAAGCCAAACUUGUAUUUUCGAUUUUGCUGGAAAUAUGUGACACCUGCUGUUGGAACGGUAAGGAAAAAAUAUCGGAUAAGGAAAGACAUCUUACCUUUUCUGAGUCCUAGUCUCCUCUCACAUUAAUGCCGCGAAUCACUGAGGAGCACAUGCGCGAAUAUUGACUCUUCCCCAGUCAAGCCUCGGGCAAAUUUAAUGAGAACAGACGCGCCAUCACGAAAAUUUCAUCUUUUUCAAUCUGAAAAAGUCGGGAUUGGGAACGAAUUUACUACAGUUAAGCUUUGAUGUGUCUGGUAUCUUUUAUUCGUGACGUAUUGAGUAAAACCAGUACGUUUCAGAGAAGGGCUGAAUAUUUUCUCCAUCUUUUUUGCAUCACAGCUUAUUUUAUUGGGAAGUAUUACUCAAUGGAAAAGACUCAGUUAUGAUGGGUAUGUCUACCCUGAUUGGGCCCAGGCCGUCGCAUGGCUGUUGGCUCUGUGUUCGUUUGUUGCGAUUCCCGUUCGAGCGAUAUCGGAGAUAGUUCAUCAUAAGGGCUCUUUCAGAGAGGUAAGGUCAAAGCUUUUUUUGUACUAUUUGUUUCAAUAUAUUCUACAUUCAAAAUAUUUCUCCGUUUCUAAGUGGCUCAAAUCCCAAGAUAAAAUUUGGACAUGCAAAUGUUAAGAAGUUCGGUCAUUCCCGAAAUAAGUUUAAGCACUCCAAGCCGAGUUGUAGGCGCAUCAUUUCAAUGCGAGCGUGCUUCUGGUCUUGUUUAGGACUUUGCUUAUCUUAUCUUUCUUGUUCUAUUCUGCAGCGGUUAAUGAGAGCCGUACGCGCGGAUGUAAGUGUUCUCAAUGCAGUUGCGAAUCGUCACAAUUUGAGACCGCAAAGGUAAGAUAUUAGGCAGAGAGCAGACAACCCAACGUCAAAUAAUUACAACUCGAAGGCGCGAAAAGGACUAAACACGACUUCCGGUGCACAAUUUUUCGCUAAAUCAGUAGCUAAGCAGUUUUUCAGAUCCUUCGAGUCGCAUACGCCACUUCUACAUUUCCCAUAAUGCACCUUCACUCGAACAGUCAUAACAACAAACAAGUCCGUUCUUUACUGCAACCUGCGAGCGGGCGUUUUCUUUUUCCGGUGGAGCGCUAAAGCCUUCGAGGGGCAAAGGAGAAAUCGCCAUCCAAAGAAAAAGGGAAAAAGAACCACCUGAUCGCAUGUCAACGUAAAUGUUACAAGCUACACACGACGUUUUACCAGAGAUCACAAAAUCCGAACACGAUUAACCUUAAAUCGAGUUUUGUAUUAUCAAAAUUAAAUGCCAUUUUUAUUCUCUUUUUUCAGUAAAUGUGCAGAAACAAGGGUUGAAAUACAUGCCGUAGCAUGGAAGGAAAAUCCUCCCGAGUCAGUUGUGUAGACGGCCUUCUAGUGGAUCACUUAUUCUCUGAUUUUAGUUGAUGAGAUUAUUUUAUAUUUUGAUGAUAUUAUAUUUGCCUCAGGGGUCAUUCUUUCUACUUCUGAUUUCAAUAGAUACUGCAUUUUUCUUUAAUCAAAGAGAUUUCAUGCAUUACAGAGAGCUGGAUUUGAGUUCUGUCAAUUUACUUUAUGGCUUUUCAACAUUUCAAAAAACGCACGAGAAUACUCAAUGCUGUUACCUUUUGUAUAUUUAUUUUUUACAACAAGAGUGCAUUUUUUAAUGCAAAAAAAUGACUACAUUUUCUGUCAGUGAGCAAUGUAUGAAUUUUCGUUGUCGAUUUAUUUUUUAACAUGAGGAAAUAAAUAGUCGUUAAAAGUCUCCCAUGGUUCUUGUCAUUACCAGUCGCUUGCUUAUUGCUCAUCGUAAGGCGCUUUUAGUUGUCCGUCUUCAACCAUCAUCAGUAUCCUCAAAUUUCAAUAGAGGAGGAAGAGACAAAGGGAGGCAAGACUGCAUAACUUUGAACCCAGACUUUCUCUUCAAACUCUUCCGACAACGUCCUUUACCAGCUCAGUUCCAGGUCUUUCUCCUCUCAGUAGCGAAGAGGCACAGCGUCCGCGUAAGUUACUGGGGACGG